AGAGGGAGUACUGGGUCGUUGGUUGCGAGUGGGUAAUAACUGAAUUGUUCCUCAACAGCUCGGGUCUGGGCUGAUCUGUUGAUAUUGUUCUGCCUGCUUGGAUGUUAUCAGGUUCCUUAUCUGUCAUGAAUCUCGUUUAAGUCAAGUAAUUGCCGUGAAUAUCAUCCUGGGUGCAGACUAUACCUUACUAUGGCGUCGCACUCAAUGUCUCUUCGCGACCGUCAGGUCGUUUCCAUUCAGAAAAUCCUCAACCUAAACCACGACCCGCAGAUCGAGGACAGCCAUCAUGAUACCUCCGCGCAAGGCCUCAUCUCGACCCCCAUUUUGAACGAGGACGGCGACCCAAUCUGGAAAGUUCUGGUGUUUGAUAAUAUGGGACGGGACGUUAUUAGUAGCGUACUCCGAGUCAAUGACCUUCGGACUUGGGGUGUUACUAUUCAUCUAAACCUUAAUGCCAAUCGAUACCCUAUCCCCGACGUCCCCGUAGUCUAUCUCGUCGAACCUACUCCGGCCAACUUGCAAAUGAUUACCAACGACUUGGCUCGCGGACUCUAUACACCAGCCUACGUGAACUUCCUAUCGUCUGUGCCUCGGCCACUGCUCGAAGAUUUCGCCUCUCAGAUAGCGACAACAGGGACAUCGGAGCAUAUCGCGCAAGUCUAUGACCAAUAUCUCAACUUCAUCGUUGCCGAACCAGACCUUUUCAGCUUGGGCUUAGGACAUGAUGCCUACUGGAAGAUCAAUAGUGCGCAGACAAGCGAUGAGGACUUAGACGCUAUCAUCGAUAAGAUUGUCAGCGGCCUUUUCAGUGUUAGCGUCACUAUGGGGGCGAUCCCCAUCAUCCGAUGCCCUAAAGGUGGAGCGGCAGAGCUCAUCGCCACAAAACUCGACCGUAAACUCCGCGAUCACAUUCUCAAUUCGAAGGAUAAUCUUUUCUCAACCAACAAGAAAUCUGCUCCCGGAGUACCCUCGUCCAGACCUGUGCUGGUCAUUGUCGACCGUAAUGUGGACUUGGUACCCAUGCUUUCUCACUCAUGGACAUACCAGUCGUUGGUGCAAGAUGUGCUCAAGAUGCGCCUCAACCGGAUUACAAUCGAGACGGCCGACGAGGCAAACCCGGGCAAGGUAACCAAGAAAGCGUACGACCUGAAUAGCAACGACUUCUUUUGGAAGCGUAAUGCCGGAGCUCCGUUUCCCCAGGUGGCCGAGGACAUCGACGCGGAGCUAACGAAGUACAAGGAGGACGCGAACGAGAUCACAAAAAAGACCGGCGCGUCAUCCAUCGAGGAUCUACAAAAUGACACCAGCACCUCUGCACAGCACCUGAAAGCCGCCAUUACUCUACUUCCGGAGUUGCGGGAACGCAAAUCCGUUCUGGACAUGCAUAUGAACAUUGCAACUGCACUGCUUCAAGGCAUCAAAGACCGCCAGCUCGACAACUUCUUCGAGCUUGAAGAAAACAUCACAAAGCAAUCUAAGACGCAGAUCCUGGAACUCAUCAAUGACCCGGCAAAGGGGAGCGAGCCGACGGAUAAGCUUCGGCUCUUCCUGAUCUGGUUUUUAAGCACCGAGACGGAAUUAAACCGUGCGGAUAUGAGUCAGUUUGAAGAAGCCCUCGCCCGUGUAGGCGUCCAAGACGUCAGUCCCAUCGCCUACGUCAAACAAGUUCGCGAAGUCACUCGCAUGACCAUGAUGACCACGGCUGCACCACAGCAACAAUCCUCUGAUCUGUUCCGUGGCUUCUCGUCACUCUCCAAUCGCCUGACAGACCGCAUCACAUCCGGUGCGCUUGGUGCCAACUUCGACUCCCUGAUUUCCGGUGUCAAAAAUUUCCUCCCUGCGAACAAAGACUUGACCUUGACCAAGAUCACCGAGUCACUCAUGGACCAGCGUCUGCCUCUAGCUCCGCCAUUGCCAAAACUGAAAGCUACCUCUAUUUUGACCCUCGCAGCGCUAAUGCCCGUGGCGCCAUGCCCCCCGCUUCCGCUUCCCGUAAUGCCCAGUCGCCCGCCACUUCUGGCGCACCCGGCCCAGGAACCGGUGCCAGCUUUGGCCAGCGCCGCCAGGCCUUCAACGAAGCCAUCGUUUUCACGGUCGGAGGAGGUAGCAUGGACGAAUACGGAAAUCUGCAGGACUGGGUCCGUCAGACAAGCGGACAGCCCAGCGGGGACGGUGCAGGGGCCGGCCGGGGAACGGCGUCUCAAGGCGCUCCCAGGCGGAGGGUUGUCUAUGGCAGUACGGACCUAA